AUGCUCCUCCGCCGGCUCACACCCGCAGCGGCCCGUCCCCUCCGCUCCGGCGCGAUAUCACCCCAAGCGCUACAGCUUCGACUCCAGCUCCGAGCCCGCGCCUUCACCACCACGCGCACCCUCCGAGAUGACGCCGCCACCGCGAACCACUACGAUACCCUGAAAGUAUCACACGAUGCGUCGCCCGCCGAGAUCAAGAAAUCCUUCUACGCCCUCUCCAAAACCCACCACCCAGACCACAACCCCGACGACCCCAACGCCCCGAAAAAGUUCCACGAGAUAGCAGAGGCCUACUCCGUCCUCGGCACCCCGGCCAAGCGCUCCGCCUACGACCGCACCCUCCCCUCCUCCUCCUCCUCUUCCGCCGCCCACAGGCGCGGCUCCUACCACAGCACAGGCCCGGCCGGCGGGCGCCCGGCCUCGGGCCUCUCGCGGCGGCGCACGACCUUCCGCGGGCCCCCGCCGAGCUUCUACCGGUCGGGCGGAUGGGGCGAGCACUCGGCCAAGCGGCGGGCCGCGCACGAGGGGAACGCGGGCCCCGGCGCGACGGGGGCCGAGCAGGAGCGGCCCGGGAUGGGCUUCGGCCAGGACCCCUACGCGCACACGCGGAGCGCGAACGUGCGGCACUUCGACCAGCAGGGGCACAGGCAGACGCAGGCGCGGCAGGACUCGAGGCGCGCGCACAGGAUCAUGGGGCAGGAGGUCACGAUCGAGGCGCAGGAGACGUCUGUGGGUGCGUUUCUGGUCGUGACGGGGAUCCUGUUCUUUUCGUUCUUCAUUCCCUACAUGAUUUUCGUCGGGCCUAAAAAGAAGGAUAAGAAGGAAUAG